CAUAACCGACCAGCGGUUACGUGAACCACCCUACUGCAGCAAGGAAUCCAGCAAUAUUCUCGCAAAUGAUCAUUCCCGCAUGGGAUUCGAACCUGCACAGGGAACCCACGCAGGGUAAUCAGAGAUGCGGAGGCGAGCGUAUUCCUAACACUUAUUACGAUGCUCCACAUCGCCGAGCCAUUAAUAUAAAUUAGUAUUAUUUGUUCUCCAAUCACAUCCAGCAAGAAAAAUUACUGCCGUAGACAGGACGAAUUCAAUUUAUAUAUUUUAUUUAAUUCACGAAAGACGCCAGAUUUUAGACACUGCGCGAACGAAAAAAAGCUUUCUGCGGAAACGCCACACUGAUCGCAUAUGGGGUCAUACGAUUUUCAUCAGUAUUCCUGGCCAUCAGAAAUACGCGGUCCUGAUGUAAAUAACGGAGAAAAUAGAUGUAAAACAAUUAUAGAUUUGUACACAUUAUACAGUGAAUAUUUUCAUUGUCAAGUCUAUUGCGGCUAGUUUUGCAAACAUAUAUUAUUUGGAUUAAACUGACUUUUUUAAAUAAUGAUGUCCUGCUAUUUUAAAGGAAAAGAUACGAUAAUCUCGCCUAAACGUUAUAAACAAACUGUUAAUCUAAACACCACGCACACGUCGGUAUCGGGGGCGUUGUUGAAGUUGGCUCAAUCUUGAAUGGGUGUGGCCUCUCGAAUUUUGAAACCUUUGUAUUAAAAAGUGAUACAUUCCUGGCAAAUGUAGGUGUGAUGUACAAGUAUUGCAUUGGAAAAUAUAUUCUUUUACAAAAAACAUACGGAAGCUGAUUUUACUAAAAACGUUAUGAAAUGCUCCGAGGUAAAAUCAGACAGUUGGGGAAAGGAAAUUUGCAUCUAUUAUAUAAAUAUUCUGCCCACAGUUUUGAGACAUGUUUCAAACAAAUGAUAUGAAUAAUACUUUUCUUUCUUCUUUGUGUCACGUUGUAUGCAACCGUAUACCAUAAACAUUCUAAAUAUAUCUUCUCAUAAUCCCCAAAAUAAAUAACUUUGCCUUGCCAAUACCCAAGACUUUGGAAUUUAAUGAAAAACAAGGAAUAAGAACACGCCACAAGAAGCAAUCAACAAAUUUAAGCCGUCUGGGAACUCACGAUGCAGGAGAAUCUAAUAAACAAGUUGGUGAAUCUAAUCCUGCGAUUGGUUAGUGGAUUCUUUGAAAAGCUUUCCAGUGUUGAUCAAACUCUAAUUUGAGCAAUGACUGGUCUAUAAUUAAUGGAUCCGUAGUUUGGUCGAUUUAUUGGAUUUGACUUUGAGUCACAUGCCGUAUAUACGCAUAUAACACAUAAAUCACAUAUAUUCCAUUAGUUCCAGUAUUUUUCCUUUUCCGAAACGACCUAUUCUGCGAAAAACGAAGGGUAAAUAAAUUAAUAAUAUGGUAAGCUAAUUUGGAAAUGUCAAAUAUGCUAUUCUUUCUCUACUUAAUUUCAGUUAAAGCAAUAAAAACUUCUUACGCCAAAUCUCAAUGGUAUUAUCCAAUUCAAGCGUGUGUAGGCGAAACCGUUGAACAAAUGUGGCAGCUCUCGUUGUUCUAUAUAUUUACAGAUUAUUAUCAGCGCCAGAUACCGGCGGCGAUAUAAAAAUACGUCAUGAUACCUAUUAUAAAACAAGUUACGUUUGUUCGCUUCUCAUUCUCUAGCCGCAUUUUGUGUUUUAAUUAAAAAAUUAUUUAUACCAUUUCUUAUUGGUUUAUAGUCGUAAAUUGAAGAUAAUUUCUUCUAUCCAUUUAUACGUUGGUUAGCCGCAAUUCAUAAGUUUCUGGUGUAAACCCAGUCGAAUACUUUUGUUGGGAAAAAAUACGGAUAUUUAUAACCGCUACGUCGUCGAAAUUUAUGUAAUUUCAAGUUGUGAAUCGCUGCCUGAAACUCGAUAUAUAUUUGUGUGUGGGAGUGUAAAAAGUAGGACGAUAGGUAAAAUGUGGUGGACAUGUAUUUUCAUUCUUGCUACUUCUUCGUUUAUUAAUGGACAAGACUUUUGGGGAAAUGCACCAGCAUUUAUCGAAGAUGCUGCAGAAGACGUGACCAAUAUACAAAUUCGGGAGCCUUGGAGAUCAUGGUCUCGGUGCGACAGAACUUGCGACAGCGGUAUUCAAACUCGCACACGAAGCUGUAUUACGACAUCAGGAAGACCGUGUACGGGGAGAGAGACCAGGCGUUGUUCCACGGGUGUUCCUUGUACUCCAUGGUACCCACCACUACAUGAUCAUGUUUUCGUAUCGGGAUCUCAGUGGAAUACAUGGGGCAGGUGGCAAUCUUGUUCUGUACAAUGCGGAGAGGGAAUUAAAAUUCGGCGAAGAUCGUGUCAAGGCGAAAGUUGUUUUGGACGAAAUCAAGAACAAAGACCUUGUUUUGAGAGUUUUGGUUGCUCCUUUCGAACAAUCACGACACCAACUCCUGCACUGAUGAAAUGGAGUACUUGGAGUGAAUGUUCAGUAACAUGUGGAAUCGGACAGGAAAGAAGUACUAGCGAGUGCAAAGGGGGUCGUCCAAAAUGCCCAAUGAUUCGAACACGAACGUGUGUGAUGCAAAAAUGCCCAGAAUGGGGAGAUUGGGAGAAUUGGAUGGAAUGUUCGGCCUCAUGUGGCAACGGAAUUCGAUUACGUAGGCGAUUUUGUGAAAAUAAAUUUGGUACCUGUCCUGGAAAAACAACUGAUUUAAGUCAAUGCAACGUGAAAGAUUGCAAUGAAGAUUCAGAAUGGAAUCUGUGGGGUGAAUGGACAAAGUGCACGGUUACUUGUGGUGGCGGUAUAAGAAGACGUAAAAGGACAUGCAAAGGCCGCACAGACACAUGCAAAGGAUCAAAUAGCAACAUUUCUCAUUGCAAUAUACAACGGUGCCAGACUGGCAUCAUCACUGAUUGUGCCAAUAUAGAAGUCCCUCAAAACGGAAAAAUGAUCGGAAAGAGAAAAAGAUAUAGACCGGGAAACAAGCUUCGUUUCGCAUGCUCCAAUGGGUAUACAAUCUCUGGUACGGAAGAAAUUUCAUGCCAAGCAAACGGACAAUGGACAAAAAACGUACCUAUAUGUACAAAGAACAAAGCUGUAAAAUGUAAACCGAUCAAAUCUCUUCCGAAUGGUUUCGUGACAAUGGCGAUCUCUUCUCUCAAUUCCAUUGUUAAUUUCGAGUGUGAUUAUGGAUAUAUUUUAAACGGUCCUGUCAGUAUAACAUGUAACAACAAAAAUGGAGAAUGGUCGAAGAAUCCACCAAGUUGCACAGCUAAAUCCUGCUAUAAAGCAAAACAGUUUUUGGAACAUGGAAGAAAGUGCAGAAAAUCUUGUGAUAAAAGGUCUCAAUGUAAUGGAAUAUCGAAAGAUUGUCUUUGUGAUGACGUAUGCGGGAAGUCUUGUUUCGAUCCAGAAAAAAUCCUAUGUGAGGUACCCAAACCUCCCGAAAACGGUUUUGUGCAUUUUGAUGAUCGAACAUACGGUCAUUUUGCGGAAUAUUCUUGUGAGCCAGGUUACUCGCUAUCGGGCACGGAACGAAAAAUUUGUCGUUCGGAUGGAAAAUGGUCAGGGAAUAAAACAAGAUGCCUUAAGUUUGAUACAUGCGGACAAGCGGGAGACAUCGGUUCCAUGUUUUCAACUUCAGUUGUUGGUGCAAGAGUGUUAGCAGGAAAUUCUGCGAUAGAAGGAGCAUGGCCGUGGCAGGCUAUGAUAGUACUCAACAAGGAUAAUGAUGUCACAAAGAGUCUUCCGUUACUAAAAGGUGGCGGCGCUAUCGUCAACAAUCAAUGGAUUCUCACAGCUGCUCAUAUAUUUGCUGACAUCAUAGCAAAAGGAAAAACAAACGCUGAAGAACAUCUAAUUAUUUUAGGUUUGACUGUGGUCAAAGUACAAAAUAAAUACAGCAUUUCUAAAAAUUCUCGCGUAUUCGAAUCGACUCAUUUGAUAAUACAUCCAAAGUAUAAACAUUUCAAGGACAAUUUUGACUACGAUGUGGCGAUGAUGAGAAUUGGGAAGCAGCUUGGAGUAAAAAACAACAAGUUCGUAGAAGACAAUUCAUUAACGCAUGGAAAAAUUCCAUUCUCUCUUUACAUUCGACCCAUCUGUUUGCCUUGUGCAAAAGGUGUUGGAAAAGCUUUAAAUCCAAAUAUACGUGAACAAUUUUCUGACGAUGUCUGUGGGAGAAGAAAAACUAUCAAGUCUGAACUAGCUGCUGUUAUUGGUUAUGGUACGACUUCAAAUUACUUGCUCGGUGGAGCAAAUGUUUUACAGCAAGGAACUCUUAGAAUCGCGGAAAAUAAAAUAUGUAAUGAUGCUCUAAAAGAAAUCAAUCAAUUCUGGAGGAACAAAAUUUACACAUCACGUAUGCUGUGUGCAGUAAGUGGAAAAAGAAACUCUGUAGUGGACGCUUGUUAUGGCGAUAGCGGCGGUCCGCUUGUAAAAAGGAUAACUGCUGAAGAUGGCACAGAAUACUGGACGCAGAUUGGAAUAGUUAGCUGGGGUUUUGGAUGUGGUGAAAAAUACGACGACAAUAAACAAUAUCCCGGAUAUUUUACUAAAGUUUCGUCAGUGAUGCCGUUCAUAAUUAAAACAAUGAAAGAAAUAUCAAAAUAAAACAUGAUUCAAAUAUUGCAGUACGCUAUUAUGUUUCUGCGAUACGAUAUAAUCCUUCUCUUAUACACUAUGCGUACUGUGCUCUUACGUCCUUCAUUGGUUGCCUCCUAUGUCACUAUUCUUAUUAGCGAAGUAUGGUCGAGUUUUUUGACUCCAGCAAAUAUAUGUAAAUAUUGAUAUACAAAGAAUAAUGCUGUAGCGUACUCAUGUUCUGUACCUAUAUCCUUUCCUCGACGCAAUGUUAAAUAUCGGGGGCUCCCGUUGUAUUCGCACCAAGAUGGCGCACAAUCUGCUAACCGUAACCUGGUACAAUACUAUGUUCAGGUUGUGCGCCAUCUUUGUAAGAAUACUACGGGAGCACCAAGUAUUGUACUUAUUUUGCUGCUGUUUCAUUUACUGAUUAAAAUCGAUAAUAUAUUUAUGGAAAAAUAUAAAUUAACACGGUCCUUAAUAAUUUUUAUAUAAAAAGAUUGUAUUAAAGGUCUUAUC